GAGCCAGUCGCAAACCACACAUCAUCACCAACCACCAGCAUCAUGGCCAAACGAAGGACGAAAAAAUACACGCACGUCGGUGCCGCCAAGGGAGGAAUCCCCCAAGCCAAAGGCCCCCAAGGCAUUGCGAAAUCCGCAGCACGAACCCCGAAAUCGAUGGUGAUUCGCGUGGGCGCCAGUGAGGUCGGACACAGCGUCAGCCAGUUGGUGAAGGAUGUGCGGAGAAUGAUGGAGCCCGAUACGGCGUCACGACUGAAAGAGAGGAGAUCGAACAAAUUGCGUGACUAUACUACAAUGGCUGGACCGCUCGGUGUUACCAAUUUGAUGCUGUUCAGCAAGAGCGAGAGUGGGAACACAAAUCUUCGACUGGCAUAUACUCCUCGGGGGCCUACACUGCAUUUCAGGGUGGAGAAGUAUAGCUUGUGCAAGGAUAUCUAUCAGAGCAUGAAGAGGCCGAAGAGUGGAGGGCAGGAAUAUCUGACUGCGCCGUUAUUGGUCAUGAACAACUUCAUUACCAAGGACUUGGAUAGCAGCAGUAAAGACGCGCAGGAGAAGGCGAAGACGAAACAGUUGGAGGAUCUGGUCCAGCAAAUGUUUCAAGGUCUUUUCCCGCCUGUCAACCCGACGAGAACACCCAUUAACGGCAUCAAGCGCGUUCUACUCCUCGAUCGUGUCCCCCGGAAAGCUUCGGCCGAGAAUGACGACUCUGCGCCCUAUGUGCUGAAUGUUCGACACUAUGCCAUCGAAACCCGCACUGCACGCUCUGUCCCCAAAGCUCUGCGACGAUUGGACGCAGCUGAGAAGCUCUCUCACACGGGACAGAAACGAAAGCGAGCUCUGCCCAAUCUCGGCAAGUUGAACGAUGUAGCAGACUACCUUCUCGACCCCACAGCAGCAGAUGCAGAAGGGUUUACAAGUGGAAGCGACAGUGAAGUCGAGACCGACGCCGAAGUAGAAAUCACCACGACCAAACAGCGAAAGGUCAGCAAGCACGGCAAGAAAGCCACAGGCGCGAAUGGAACACAAGUCGCACAAUCAUCUCAGUCUUCGGCGAAGGACAAUGUGGAGAAAAAAGGUAUCAAAUUAUAUGAACUCGGGCCGAGAUUGAAGCUCCGCAUGACUAAAGUGGAAGAAGGACUGUGUGGGGGAAAGGUGAUGUGGCACGAGUAUUUCCACAAGUCGGAGAGUGAGAUCAAGGAGAUGGAGAAGGUGCAUGAGCAGCGGAAUCGGGAGAAGGCGGAGAGAAAGAAGGAGCAAAAGGCGAAUGUGGAGAGGAAGAAGCAAGAGAGGAGGGAUGCGAAGAGGGGGCAGGAGAAGGGUAAGGAUGGCGAGGAGGUGGAAGAGAGCGAGGAUGAGUUGGUGGAUUAUUGGGAGAGCGAGGAUGAUGAUGAUCAGUAUACAGGUGCUGGAGCGAGUGGCGAUGAAAUGGAGGAAGACGACGGGAGCGCAGAGGAAGGGGAUGACGAUGAGCAUGAAGAGGGAUAG